CUGUUCAUUUCUAUUAGGCCAACUGAUGAAUAUACACAGUUGUUAAAAGCGAGCGCACAAACGAUCUCACUCUCACGACCCGCUCUACCUCCUUAGCCAUAGCCACCCAGCACGUUUGUCGAGAAAUAUGCAGCACAUCUCUUGCCAAUGAAGACUUUAUCACCGCAGACACACACACACACACACAGAUAGGGAGAAAGAUAGGGAGAGAAGGGGAGAGAGAGAGAGAGAGAGAGUCAUGUGGCCAGCACCAGCAUGACAGAUAUACAGCACUGGGAUUCUAUAUAAAGUGUGAAGCUGUCAGGUGCGGGACACUGGCUGCUUUGCGGUGGAUGAAGACUCGCUACAGCUCUAAAUACCCAUAGAUUCAAAUAAUGUCUCACCACUGGGGAUACGACUCGAACAACGGACCCGACUCAUGGGUACAUAACUUCCCUAUUGCCCAUGGACACCGCCAGUCUCCCAUUGACAUCGUACCUGGUAAAGCCCCACACGACGCCAAGCUGAAGCCGCUCAUGCUGAAGUACGACCCGUCCACCAGCCUUAAUAUCACCAACAACGGACAUUCCAUCCAAGUGAACUUCGCAGAUGACAGCGACAAAUCAACUCUGACAGGCGGACCACUCUCAGGCGUCUACAGACUCAAGCAGUUUCAUUUCCACUGGGGAUCUGCUGACGACAGGGGCUCUGAGCAUACCGUGGCUGGAACCAAGUAUCCUGCUGAGCUCCAUCUGGUGCACUGGCACACCAAGUACUCCAGCUUCAAUGAAGCUGUUAAACACCACAAUGGACUCGCUGUUGUGGGAGUUUUCCUGCAGAUUGGGAAUGAAAACCCCAGUCUCCAAAAGGUUCUUGACACCUUUAAUGCCAUCAGGAGCAAAGACAAGACAACUUCUUUUGAAAACUUCAACCCUGCUACUUUGCUCCCUGAUCAACUGGACUACUGGACUUAUAAUGGCUCUCUGACUACACCCCCUCUGCUGGAAUGCGUUACCUGGAUUGUCUGCAAACAGGCAAUCAGUGUCAGCUCUGAGCAGAUGGACAAAUUCCGCAGCCUGCUCUUCUCUGCUGAGGGUGAGGACGAAUGUUACAUGGUCAACAACUACCGCCCUCCCCAGCCACUCAAGGGUCGCCAUGUCCAUGCUUCCUUCAAGUAAUACCCCCCUGACCUUUGCUACAUUUUCUGCUCUGCUGCCCCCUGCCUUCCUUCUCUCUUUAGUCAGAAACCCAGAGUUCCUUCUAAUGAAGUGAUCCACAAAGCCACAUAUCUAUCUCUGUUUAAUUUAGGAAGAAAUGAAAGUCCCGAGGUUCAUUGCUUUCAGCGCUGAGUAGUCUUAACUGUGUGGAAUAAGCUAGCAAAAACGCCUUGCUAUAGUUUAUUAUAUUCGACAAACCAGUCACAGUGGCUGUGACACAUUUACCAGGAUUUUGCUUUAGAUGCCACAGUUUUAGGGACAUUAGACUAAGGUGUCUUGGUUAUAUUUGGAUCACUCAUAAACAGCACAAGGCUGAACAAUAAAGAUGAUUUGCUGUCAGCAUGGUUUUCUCAAGCCAGCAGGAAGCUUAAAGCGCAGGCUAGUUGCAGUAGGCAGGGGGUGAGGGGAUGAAACUAUAUCACCAUCUGUGAGAAGGGUAAGGUGCAGAUAAAUGACAAACAGGACACAUACACUCCCACUGGUAGUCUGUCUAUAAUCUCUGACUGACUGCCAGCCCUCAGCAUCACAGCAGCUUAAUGAAACGCUGCAGCCGCCUCCAUCACGACCGAUUGACUCAGAAAAUCCGCCUCUGGCGCACACACACACACACACACACACACA